AUGAAUCUACCCGACUUUUUAAACGGAGACAAUUUGGUUGGUCUGCCCCAAAUUGACAAUUCAAAAGGAAACUCCAACCACAAUGCAAAUGCUUCAAACGAGUUGAAUACAAACGGUGCAAGGUUUGACGAUAUUGGCAACUUUGGUUUCCCCUUAGAUGACCCAUUAAACCAAUACAAUUUCAACGAUAUAUUGUUUGACAAAUUAACAGAUCUAAGUGACAAACCACAGAUUGAUUUAUCCAGAUACUAUAGUAUCAAUAAAUUCAGAGACGUUUUCAGUCUACCAGAGGAACUUCAAGGUGGAAUUUCAAACAUAUCAUCAAGAAGGCCAAGUUAUGCGGCAGAAUCGUUUACGAGGAACAAUUUCUUCAAUAAUUCGGCAUUUACCAAUCAUCAAUCGACACGACAGUUGAAUGCCCAGUCUCCAAAUGUCUUUGGCAAUACUGAUGGCACCAACAGCAAUAAUGGCAAUAGUGGCAACAAUAGAGACUUGUCGUCAUAUGCAAUAAUGAACAAUUUCCAAACAAAGAACAUUCAAUUGAACAAUAAUGACAAUUACAAUAUCAGCAGUUCAUUUGCUGAAAUGAAUUUGAGAUCUACAUCGAAAUUCAACCAAUUUCAAUUAAGAAGACCGAGUCUGUUGGUGGAUUAUCCAUAUAACUCUCCGUUUAAUCCAUCAGCUAUGAGCCAGAAUCAGAAUCAGAAUCAGAAUCAAAAUCAAAAUCAAAAUCAGAAUCAGAAUCAAAAUCAGAAUCAAAAUCAGAAUCAGAAUCAAAAUCAGGGUCAGAAUCAGAGUCAGAGCGGAAUGCCUUCUUAUACUAUCGGCAAUGCAUUUUCCCCAUUCCAAGAUAACAGUCAAACUUCCACAAACUGUCAACAACAAAACAUCUUCAAUCAAUCUUUUACCCUACAACAGCAACAACAACUGCAGCCUCAACAGCAACAACAACUGCAAUUUCAACCCCAACCUCAACAAGAGCAAUCCCAACCUCAACUGCAGCAACCUCAGCAACAACCUCAGCAACAACCUCAGCAACAGCAGCGUUUUUUCCAGCCACUCAAGAGUACUCCACUUGGACAACUGCAGAAUCAAUUUGCUGUUCCAGCUGGCCAGCCAAUUAAAUUGGAAAAUGGACUUUUGCUCAGGGAUCAAUAUAUUGUUGCCUCACAAGAACUAAAACAAUUGUAUUCCAAGAUUAUUAAAUAUUUUCAAAAUCCUGAUAUCACUUUAGACAUUGUCACCAAGAUGAACAAUUUAUUGACAGAACCAGUAAUUGUGAAACUAGUAACAUUUAUCAAGAAUUUGAACAACUUAACAUUUAACCACAAAAUAUUAUGUUUAGUCAUUAACAAAAAUGGUAAACUCGAUUUGUUGUCGUACCCAAACAACUCCAACAUUUUUCUUCAAAAGGACGAUUUGGUAAUUGUUGAUGGUGAUAGAGGUAAAGAUAUGGUGAUGAUUGUAGAACCGUUAGUUAACCUCAACUUUGCUAUACUUUUCAAUUUCUCAAAGAAAUUGGAACAUUUGAAAAGUUUGACUAUAACUGAAGGCUCAACCACAACAACCAAGACCCAUGGAGGAACGCAUCCAUCAACUAUGAAUGCGUCUGCAAUUAUCAAUUCACAACUGAAUGAAGAUAACGAGUUUAUUAUUUCUUUGCCUACUAAACAAGUAUUGAGAUUUGCUACACCCAAGGAAGUUCACAAGAUCAGUGGCAAGUUUUUGGAUGAAAAAAAGGCAUUUACUACUUGUUAUAAUAAGAUUAAGGAACUAAAUUUAGAUACGAAUUUAACAUUGAUUAAUGUUGAAUACCAAUGUGACUUUAAAAAAUUGAUUUUCUAUUAUUUUGCCGGAUUCAAGAGGAUUGAUUUUAGAGGGUUGAUUAAAGAAUUGUUCAAGAUAUACAAGACGAGAAUAUGGUUGUGUGCAGUUUUACCAUUUGAUAGACCACAAUUGUAUAUAACAAUGGAUGCCAAAAAUGCCGGCAGAGCAACUACCAUGGCCAUGACCACCACCACCACCACCGCCGCCGCCAAGUCAGAACAAGAGAAUCAAAUCCCAAAGGAAUAUGAGUUAACCAAUGACCAAAUUUUGAAUUUUUCAAUUGAAGAAUUUGAAAAUCUACCAACACCAAAUUAUUUUCACCUGAUUAAUAUUUUGAAUCUAAUUGAACAUAUCAAAAAUGAGAUUAAAGGUUCAUUCUAUGGAUUUAAUGUUGUCACUAAGGGUAACAAUAAAGUUGGAAAGAAGGAUAUGAAAUGA